AUGGCACACCAACUCCCCGCCGUCCCUAUCGUUACGAUGCCGCCAUGGGCGCAGGAACUCGAGAUCGCAUGGCCAGUCGCGUUCACGAUCGAGUUCGCGAAGAUGUUCCUCGGCAUCUCCGAGCUGCGCCUGCAAACGGCGCUCCGCCACGAAGACGAGUUGCCGACUCAGUACUUUGAAGGAGGGAUGCGCGCCGAAUUCGACGACGUCAAAGGCGUACUUGUGCCGUUGUGGGCGGCGCUCCGCCACAUCAUCUCUCUACCCCCCUUCCUUGCCCUCAUCGCCGACUCGCGGGGCAUCGGCGCCGCGCUUGAUCGGCUCCGCGCCGAUCCGGCCCUGAAGACCACGUGCCUCGAAUGGCAACCGGAGACGCCCGUUGCCGACAUGGGUGGCGACGAGUGGUGGCACGACUGCCUUGUCCCCCCACCUCCCUCCCCUCUUCCUGCAAUCGCAGAGGUUUCGGCGUCCGCCCCCCCUCGAUUCCGCCGCUCCUCCCGUGUCGCCGCCGUCAUCACCGCCAGAGACGCGUCGCCUCCCCCUGCGCGAGCACCGACACCGCCCCCAUUCAUCGCGUGUUCCGCCGUCCGCGUGUUCGCUCCCCAGGCCGCAGGUUUCUACCCGUCCACCGUGCCGAAGGCGAAAACCCUCCUCAAGUUUGACGCAGUGGUGAUCACUGAUUCUAAAACGAAAUUGUUCGUGAUGUCGGCCAAGCGACCUGCCACCAGCGCGCCGACUGACGAGCCUGCGCCGAAGAGAUCGCGCACAGGAGCCGCGACAGGGAAGGGGAAGGGGAAGGGGAAGGGGACGGGGACUGGGAAAGGCAAGGGGAAGGGUAAAGCCAGCACGGCGAAAAAGACGAAGGGCCCACCUAAGGCACGCGCCCCACGCCGACCGACGAUCGCGCAAACGAUCCCCGACCACCUGGCGACCCGCAUGUCCUCCCCUUGUACGAGGUGCGGCCCCAGGGGCUUUGUGUGCCUUCGCGCCAACGGUAAGGCCUGCAAGCGGUGCGCCAACAGCAAGAAACCGUGCAGCCUCGACCACGAGAAGAAAGCAACAAGAAAGAAGACGCAAGGACUUCCUGAACAUCAGUACAAGAAGAAGUCCACAACGUCAUCGGCGGCGCAGACCUCGUCAGGCGGUACCGAAGUCCUGGGCAAGCGCACAGUCACCAAGGCAAAGUCCCGCCCAUAUGUACCUGUUUUCACUGACGAUGAGGAGGAUGGCGAGGAGUGGGUGAGAGCCAGCGCCGCCGACGUGGACGAAGAGGCGAAGGCAGACGAAGAAGAUCAAGACGACGCCGACGUUCAGGGUGGCGAUGAGACAGUUGACGCCGCAUCCAUUGCUCGAGGCGACGUCGGCGCUAGGAGGCUGAUGGCAGAGGCUGACAUUGCCAGUCAGAUUGCACUGGCCUAUGUCAGUUUCAUGGCAUCACUGACAUAG